GGAUCACUGAAAAUUAUGCAAAUUUGACAGAUUAUACGAUUAAUUUUUCCUACGUCUUUACACAGUGAAAUAUUUUUGCAAAUCUCUGCUAAUCUUCUUCAGAAGUUUUCCAAUAACGUGUCCAUGAAGUGUGAUUGACCCGUGCUUUGCACUGGGGAAGAUUUUGUGUUCUAAAAUGCACAAUCUCCUUAUGUCCGGGGAACAUAAACAUUAAAAUCGUUAUUCAUUAUUUUGUCCAAAUCACGUGGAUAAUCGUCAUCAGAUUUGAAUAUUCAAAAAGAUGAGUUUGAUUGGUCUCGAACUUGCAACUUUUGAUUCAUAAUCCUCGCGUUCUACCAAUAAAAAAUUCAGUUCAUCCAGUUUUGAUUUAUUUUUUAUAGACUGGAAAAAAUAGCCACCGAGUUCGCAACUCAGAUAGAAAUGUUUUGCCGCCUUUCGAACGCUUCAAGUUCUCGACUUGGAAACUAAUCUCGAUCCGAAAAACACACAUUUGCCGCCCUUUAGUGAUGUCCACCUUAUAUUGUCAGUAUUUGAUUAAUAUUGGCGUUGCAAUAUUAAUUCGUCAAAGCAGACAGCGCUUUCCUUUUCUAGCUCUGAGACUUCGCCCGAUCGUUUAUAACAAAGUAGAAAUAUAAUUGAUUAAGCAAGUAUAUAGUCUCAAUCAAUCAUUGACAAAUAUUUUUUCUUUACGUAUGGAAUAUUAUUGAUUAUUUGAGACCAGAAUGAACAGUUGAUAUUACAUGAGAUAUACUGUUAUCAGCUAUCCUCUAUUUUGUUGUUUCAGAGGCCAGCUGGUGACACAAUGACUCACGACAUGAACACCACGCUACGGAGUGAGCUUGCUGCUCUCCAAUAUAAACGAGAUCGACUGCUUGCUGAGCUGCAGGACAUGAAGAGUCAGCUACGCAGCCGAGACCAGCGGACAGCCGAGCUGCAGGUGGAGACAGAGCAGCUCAAAGAGCAGGCAGCAAGACAGAAUGCCAUCAUUGCAUCACUCCGCCAACGCAUUCAGGAGCUGGAGGAAUCGGAGCGGUCUUUGAACAGCUUGCAUGGGAGGUCAGAGAUGGCUCUCAAUACACUACAACGAGACCACCGUUACCAGGAGGAGAGGUCACGUGACCUUGAACGCAAAGUGGCGAGGCUUGAGUUGGACUGCAGUGCCGAACAACAGGGCAAAGAGGUGGCACGCAAAGCGAUGUCAGACUUUGUGCGACGCCUGGGUAGCGCCCUAGGCGCUAAAGAUGUAUCUCCCGAGUCCAUGGCACAGGACGCCCUUGUGCACAAAGCGUCUGAACUUGUUCAGGAGACAUCUCUGCUACGGAGCAGAUCUGCUAAUAUGGUGGACACCCUGUCGAAAGUGGAGGUGGAGCUGAGAAGUUGUCGCGAUGCUCUGGAGAGAGCGCUCACCGAACGAGAGACCUUCCAGAGGCAGGCCGCAUCGCAUAUGAUGGAGAUUGACAGGCUCAGACAGGAGAAAGAAACAUUGGAGAUUCAGCAGAGAGCAGCUGAAAGAGAACUACAAGAACUGCGUGAUAAGCUGGCUUCAGUCAACAGAAGUCUGGGAACUGCCACUGGGACACUCACGGCUCAAGAGGCCACAAUAUCUACUCUUAGAGACGAUCUGAAACAACGAGAAGAGAAGGGAAACAGACUACAAAACGAGCUGAGGCAUUUGAUAGAGUCUCUGGCGAUUCUGUUGAGUACGCCGGUCAGAUUUGUAGAGUCCCAUGAGUCCUGUGUAAAGGAGAGGAUACGAGAAAUCAUUUGUGAAAAUCAGGAUAAAUCAGCGCAAGUUGAAAACCUGAAAGACAAAAUAGCCAGUCUGAACUCCCAACUGAACCGCAAUCUGGAAUCUGCGGAUAUGAUGACCUUGAAGCUUCGGAACCUUGAGGAAGACAAGGCAGUUCUGGAGUCGCGCCUUGGCAAAGCGGAAGUGGAGCUGACCGCCUGUGACGUCACCAAGGAGAGUCUGCGUAGAGAUAAGUCCAUUGUAAGUACUGUAAAACGAUUGGUGUGUGAUGUUUGUAAAAUAUUUAAAAGUAGUUUUGUUGUAAUUGUUUUGUGUGGCAUGCUUACUUUGUUGCAUGUACAGAUCUGUUGUGUAUGCUACGGCACCAUACCACGUCUGCGCCGUGAGAGGUCUUGCUGUGAUAUACCCGUCAGAGAAUCGGCUGUUGUUUACAAUCUGCAAAGAAGAGUUAGAAACCUGAGAGAUCAGCUGCAGAGGAGAGAUUUGCACCUGGAUCUUCUGAGGAGGAAGCUCACCCUGCAUGAGGACAGCACAAGGAUGAGAUCUCUGCUGGAAGCUGAGAAGGAUGAAGCCAACCAAAGAGCGAAGAAAUUUAGCAAACAAGUGGAUAGGCUACAACUGCAGUUGGCGGAAGUACGCUCAUUGAACAGAGAUCUGAAAGAGCAGCUCACAUUGGCUGGUGAUUACAAGCUGACUGCAUUGGAAAGAGGGAAGAAAAUAGAUGAACUGCAGAAGCGCCUCCUGGAUUCUGAAAUGCUGAGAACUCGUUGUACCAGAAAAGUUACACUUCUGAAAGACCAGGUUCGCACAACGAGUGAAUCAGCUGAUCAGGAGAGAUCCAUGUGUGAGAACUCUAUGCACAUUCUGCGAGACGAUCUCAAUAACACCAAAGCCAGUCUGGCCGAUUGCAUCAGGAGAGAGAAUCAGCUGGUUAGCCUGCGCACAUCAGUUUGCAGCCUGCUCUCACUGGACGUGUCAGUGCCAGACUACGAGAUCAUCUCGAAGCUGACCAAGAUGGCGAACGCGCACCGCGAGUUCACAUUGGUGUCGCGUCGCUAUGACGACCCGCUACAGUUGCCGCACGUUGCGACUGCGCGCAGUCCGCGCGCCAGUCCCGUGCACAAGACGUGCACGCCGCGUUUUGGCGCGCCACCCCAUUCCCCGCACAACGACUCGGGGUUCCUCGAUCCGAUUCUCGACGACUGCGACUCGGACAUCAACACCGUCUACAAUAAACGACCGAUGCGCGGGGCUUUAUGACAUUGCUAAGCCAGGUUGCAGGAGGUAUACCAUCAACAGAUGAUGUAAUUCUAAUAAU